CAUGGCACGACGCCGUGCCGUGCAGUGCCAGCAGUCCGACCAAAUCAUAGCCUAAUCACACCGCAAACCACGUAAGCCCCGCGCCCCGGCCGCUCCAGUGGCGCGAGUAUAAAUUAUUCUGGCCAUGGAGCCAUCAGACAUGGACCGAGAGCUAGAAGCUAGGUAGUGAGACAUCUCUCUUCCGCGUGCACAUCUGCACUUUCGUCAAUUCCUUGAUCAAGCCGAGCGCGUAUGGCGUUGGAGGCCGUGGUGUUCUCGAAAGGGUUCUUCGGGCGCUGCGCCAUGGCUGCCGAAGGAGUUGGAGGAGGCGGUGGGUUUUGGGGCGGGAAUGGCCACGGGCACGGCGGUGGCAUGGACUUGGACGGAAGCAACGCCCAUUGCGGCGCCGCCGUUGCGAGCACCGAAGCCCCGGAAGGAAGUUCCUCCUUGCCGGCGCUGCUGCCGCCGGGGCACGGAGGUGACCGUGGAGACGCGGACGACGGUGCCGUGGGCGCGGCGUCGGCAUCAGGUGCGGCAGGGAGGAGGAAGCGGCGAAGAGCGAGGAGCGUGAAGAACAUUGAGGAGGCGGAGAGCCAGCGGUUGACCCACAUCGCCGUCGAGCGAAACCGCCGCAGGCAAAUGAACGAGUACCUUGGCGUGCUCCGGUCCCUCAUGCCGGCCUCCUAUGUGCACAGGGGCGACCAGGCAUCCAUAAUUGGCGGCGCGAUCAACUACGUCAAGGAGCUGGAGCAGCUAGUUCAAUCCCUGGAGGCGCACCGGCACGCCCCCCUCCGCGACGACUGUCCCGUCAGCGGCGACGUCUCCACCGCUGUGGUGCCCUUCGCAGACUUCUUCACCUUCCCGCAGUACACGAUGAGCGUCCGCCACGCACCUGAGGCCGCCGCAGCCACAGCAGAAGCAGCAGACGCACUCGCGGACGACGGCAGAGGCAAUGCAGCCGACGGCGACACGACGUCGGGCUCGAAGCAGUCGGCCGUGGCGGAUAUCGAGGUGACCAUCGUGGAGAGCCACGCGAGCCUGAAGGUGCUGUCGCGGCGGCGGCCGAGGCAGCUGCUGAGGAUCGUGGCGGGGCUGCAGGGCCACCGGCUCGCCGUGCUGCACCUCAACGCCACCAGCGCCGGCCACAUGGCCCUCUACUGCCUCAGCCUCAAGGUGGAAGACGACUGCCGGCUCUCGUCGGUGGAUGACAUCGCCGCGGCGGUCCACCGCAUCGUCGAGACGAUCGAGCGUGAGGAGGAGGAGGAACAGCGCCAGCAGCAGAGCUGUACGUAGGUAGCUCGAGGCAUUCAUGUUAACAAUUCACGAGCUACUCCUAAUUACUUGCAGCCUUGUAGGCACGGCAACUUGAUAGCUCUCUAUGUAAUGUACCUUUAUGUACUCUGCCUAUGUACCUAUGCAUGUCCUACGCAUCUCUCCGCGUGUUAUCUGGUUGUGCGUGCACGGCAUGGGCAGGAGUGGGGUUUCCGUCCAUGUCCCACGCGCCCUAGUGCCGGAGCCUCUUGGACAUAUUGUACGGUUGACACUACGUGGGCACGAUUGACAUGCAUGUACAAUUAAGGCUUACUUGGUUCGGUACCAAUAAUCGAAGGGAAAAAAUGAUCAGUAUAACUUUUAAUGUUAUUUUA